CACGCGCCGGAAGUGCAUUUGCAGAGUGAGACAAAGCGGAGAUCGCUGGUGGGCCUGCUGCGGAGUACGCUUUGGACAGAGAAGCAUCGAGGCUAUAGGACGCAGCUGUUGCCAUGACGGCCCAGGGGGGCCUGGUAGCUAACCGAGGCCGGCGCUUCAAGUGGGCCAUUGAGCUAAGCGGGCCUGGAGGAGGCAGCAGGGGUCGAAGUGACCGGGGCAGUGGCCAGGGAGACUCGCUCUACCCAGUCGGUUACUUGGACAAGCAAGUGCCUGAUACCAGCGUGCAAGAGACAGACCGGAUCCUGGUGGAGAAGGUACAGAGCGCUGCUGGGACAUCGCCUUGGGUCCCCUCAAACAGAUUCCCAUGAAUCUCUUCAUCAUGUACAUGGCAGGCAAUACUAUCUCCAUCUUCCCUACUAUGAUGGUGUGUAUGAUGGCCUGGCGACCCAUUCAGGCACUUAUGGCCAUUUCAGCCACUUUCAAGAUGUUAGAAAGUUCAAGCCAGAAGUUUCUUCAGGGUUUGGUCUAUCUCAUUGGGAACCUGAUGGGUUUGGCAUUGGCUGUUUACAAGUGCCAGUCCAUGGGACUGUUACCUACACAUGCAUCGGAUUGGUUAGCCUUCAUUGAGCCCCCUGAGAGAAUGGAGUUCAGUGGUGGAGGACUGCUUUUGUGAACAUGAGAAAGCAGCGCCUGGUCCCUAUGUAUUUGGGUCUUAUUUACAUCCUUCUUUAAGCCCAGUGGCUCCUCAGCAUACUCUUAAUCACUUAUGUUAAAAAGAACCAAAAGACUCUUUUCUCCAUGGUGGGGUGACAGGUCCUAGAAGGACGAUGUGCAUAUUACGACAAACACAAAGAAACUAUACCAUAACCCAAGGCUGAAAAUAAUGUAGAAAACUUUAUUUAUGUUUCCAGUACAGAGCAAAACAACAACAAAAAAACAUAACUAUGUAAACAAGAGAAUAACUGCUGCUAAAUCAAGAACUGUUGCAGCAUGUCCUUUCAAUAAAUUAAAUGGUUGAGAACAAUGCAUUAAAAAAGUUGCACAAGUUCCCUUAUAUUUAUUUUCCUUAAUAUUUCACUUCUAUUUAAUACAAGCUGGGACAUAAAAAUUCUGUUGGGGAUACCUGGGGGAAGAUGUGAGAAACUAAUGCUGGAUUCAGCUUAUACAUGAUGAAAAGAAAAAUAAACCAGACAAAAGGAGCACAUAAAUAUGCAUACAGUGUAACUGUUAUUUUAAUACCCACAAUAAGGGAUUUUUGUUAGCAUGUUUAGGGGGAACGAGGAUUGGUGGGAUCCUUGGGCCACAGGAAUCUGAGGCGAGCACAUAAAUAUGCAUACAGUGUAACUGUUAUUUUAAUACCCACAAUAAGGGAUUUUUGUUAGCAUGUUUAGGGGGAACGAGGAUUGGUGGGAUCCUUGGGCCACAGGAAUCUGAGGCAACGGAAGAUAUAUAGAGUGAUCAUCCCCCUGCCGAAGGAACCUGGCACCUGUCAAGCAGAUGCUGCAGUUCAAACUUCAGCUUUUAAGAUAGAUAGCUAUUGAAGGCAGAGGGUCAGCAGGAGGAUGUGUAUUUCUAAUCUACCCUGGUAAAGUCAUAGGUAAGACUCAAAAGCGGGAUCUUAUUCAAAAGGCAGGUAUUUCCUUUGUUUUCUGUCUUGAAACAGCCCCUUCCCCUAAGGUGCAUUCUCUCAAGUUUUCAGUAUUGCUUUAUUUGCAGUGAUUAAAAGAGAUGAGAGACUUUGGAGACAACGUAAGCAACACAUACACACAUGAAAUACUCUAGACAGAGAUGAAUAUAAAUCUGGCCUAAUAACCAGUUUUCCAUGUAACAGUGAUUUUGUGUUUCAGGGGCUGAAGCAGUGGUUAUAUUAAAAGCCACUAAUUCCCUUAUCCCUUUAAAAGAUUUUUACAAUUCUCCAACCACAAACAGCACUUCUAAAACUAACUUUACUUUCUGCCCAUAAUUUGUUCUACAUGGAAAAAAAAAAUAUUACUUUGGCCAGGGGUGUGUGUAAAUGUGGCAGAAUUCCUAGGCAGGCUGACCUUUACAGUAUGGGCCUUUAAGAUACUGGAUCCUGGUUGGGCACAGUGGCUCACGCCUGUAAUCCCAGCACUUUGGGAGGCCAAGGCGGGCGGAUCACCUGAGGUUGGGAGUUUGAGACCAGCCUGACCAACAUCAGUUUCAGUAGAGAAACCCCGUCUCUACUGAAAAUACAAAAUUAGCCGGGCGUGGUGGCACAUGCUUGUAAUCCCAGCCACUCGGGAGGCUGAGGCAGGAGAAUCGCUUGAACCCAGGAGGCAGAGGUUGCGGUGAGCCAAGAUCGUGCCAUUUCACUCCAGCCUGGGCAACAAGAGCGAAACUACGUCUCGGAAAAAAAAAAAAAAAAGAUACUGGAUCCUGCAGGACAUGACUCACUACUGUUAAACUCAACUAAGCAAUGGAGUGUUGCAGUGGGAGUUGUAAAUAAUGCUUCUACCAUCUGUAGGAAGUAACAGAAAAAAAGACUUAAGAUCCUAUCCGCUUUGCCAUCCUCAGUGGGCCUGGAGGUUGAAGCAAGCAAAGGGAACAAAUCAAAAUUACUCAAUUUCUUUCUUUCUUUCUUUCUUUUUUUUUUUUUUUUUUGAGAUGGAGUCUCCCUCUGUCGCCCAGGCUGGAGUGCAGUGGUGCAAUCUCGGUUCACUGCAAGUUCCACCUCCCGGGUUCACGCCAUUCUCCCGCCUCAGCCUCCCAAGUAGCUGGGACUACAGGCGCCCGCCACCAUGCCCGACUAAUUUUUUUGUAUUUUUGUAGAGACAGGGUUUCACCAUGGUAGUCAGGAUGGUCUCAAAUCUCCUGACCUCCUGAUCCGCCUGCCUCGGCCUCCCAAAGUGCUGGGAUUACAGGCGUGAGUCACUGCACCCGGCCCAAAAUUACUCAAUUUCUUAAGCUAUAUUGAAGGGUUUUCUCUGUCCUUACAGGUCAAAUGAAUAAUUUGUGACACCUAGGUCAGCUUGCUCCAUGUCCUAUUUAGUAAUCAAAGAAGAGUGGCACUAUUUAUGACUAAUAAAUUGAAAUUCAAAAACAGCCAUGAAUACAGGCAAGAAAAGUUUCUGUAAAUAACUAUUCUGUAAAAGAAAUGAAGAUUUCACAUACUUGAAAUUACUGCUCAGCCAGCCACAUAAGUAGUUUCCCUAUGCUUGUAAGCCAGAUGUUUGAUCAGUAUAUUAGUAAAUAAAAAGCUGAGCUUACACAAGUAUUUCCUUGGCACACUGAACUUUCCUUUUGAAACAUAUCACUCUGUUACCCAGGCUGGAGUGCAGAGGUACAAUCCUGGCUCACUGCAACCUCCGCCUCCUGGGUUCAAACGAUUCUCCUGCCUUAGCCUUCCGUGUUGCUGGGAUCACAGGCAUGCACCACCAUGCCCGGCUAAUUUUUGUAUUUUUAGUAGAGACAGGUUUUCACCAUGUUGGCCAGGAUGGUCUCGAACUCCUGACCUCAAGUGAUUCACCUGCCUUGGCCUCCCAAAGUGCUGGGAUUACAGGUGUGAGCCACGGCACCCGGCCUGAAGUUUCUGAAAACAAAUUAGAAGACUGUUGGCUUGGCUAAUCUCGUAGUUCAGGGCCAAGUUUCUGUAGUCAGAAUGAAGAAUAAAACUGAAAGAAAAAGGGGGAAAUGCUUAUACUUGGCAUUAAGUUGAAUGCCUCAAGUCUUAACUAUGGCUUUGUAGAUGAGGCAAAAGAUUUCUUAGUGGUAAAAUUUCUUCAACAGGUCAAUGCCAGUCUGUAUGCCAUUUUAGUAAAGUAGGUAAGGAGAGUAGCCGCUCAGUAACUUUGGCACUAAAGAAAGAGUGUGGCUCUAGAGCUUCCAAUUCCAUUGCUAGAUGUGCCCUUUAAAAGAUGGUCCAGUGCUUUCAGGGAAGGAUGUUUAGCCAGUUUUCCUAGUAUUUGUUCCUUAAGAUGUUUUGACCUGUGCUUAAUAAGAGGGCAUAAAAAAAGGCGCGGGGGUGGGGGCGGGGGGAGAAGAACCUGUUGAUUAAUGUGCACCAUGACCUGCAUUUCUUAGACAACAGCUUGUAUGUUUUGUCCAUGUUGCAUAGAGAACCACAGACUAUUUCAGUAAAUGUUAAUAGCUUCCUUUUGAAGUUCUCUUAGUUCGGCCAUUUGAAAGGAACCUGAAAGAAAUAAUUUUUACCUUACCAAAAACAAUUUCCAUGGUAACACUGCCUGUGUUACAAUGACAGAAUGGGUUUUGAGUUAAGAGAAACAAAACAGUUGAAGUAUACACUGACACAGUAUUUGGAUAUUUAAAUCUGGUAUUUUGGGGGGAUGUUUUUGAAGAAGUAGAGGCUGCAGCCAUGUUUCAAGUUAGUAUCCUAAUAUAAAAUUAGAGCAGUGGGUAUACUAAAGAAAUACAGCUAAAAAAUGUUUGCAUCUUGGCUUGCCGAGGAUAAUAGGUCCAAAUAUACUUGACCAUAAAUUCUUUAGUAAGAUGAAGCUGUCUCUAGUUGUUAUCCCCACAGUGUCAACAUUGAACCAUGACUUCUGAGAUUCAUCUUUAAUGCUGAAUAUGUACUUGACUUGCUUUUUUUCUUCAGUUGAACUUCUAGCAUCCCUUUUACCAAUUCAUUUAUUGGCUCAGCUUGUUAAUUCUAAUUUGCCUUUGACUGCUCAGACGUGGCUUGAAAGACUUGAGCAUUGUUCUGACGUUGAGGGAAUAUUUGCUUUUUCUGUAAUGACUGCAGAUCAGAUGGGAGCUCUUUUACACAGGUACUUGAGGCUCAGCUCAUCAAGAGUUCAGUAUGAUGUGUACAGAACACAGGCUUCUAGUUGAGUGGGAGUGGUAGUAAUGAGCUGGCACUUCCAUGGAGGACGUAGGCCUUUUAAGAAAACAGGCCAAGCACGGUCAUUCAGAGUAGGUUAUGAAUAAAUGGUGAUCACUUCACUGCCACCACCCCGGACAAGUAGGACUCGCUCUAGUCCCUCGGUAAGCACCUCUAGGAACUCCAUGUCUUCAAAACUUGUCAAGGAGACAGGCAAAAGAACAGCACAAACUUAAAACCUGGCAUCAUCAUAAUCUGAGGUUGUCUGAUCAUAGAGCUACAAAAUUAGCUGCUUAAUUAUUAUAUAUUCAGAAAAGUCUGAACUUUGGAUUGAAUUUAACCCUGUGAAGUAACCAGAGAUCCACUCCUUUUGCAUACAUAAUACCAGACUCCCAUUUGUGUAUUUAAAAAAUGGGAAAACCUACAAGUAUUACUCUAAAUAAGAUAAAAAUGAUGAAAGAAGAAGAAAAGCCACAAUAGGGCAGCUAACAAGAUUCCUAGAGAGAACCCAAGUAAUUUCUAAGUGAAGCUGCUCAAGUCAGAUUUUUCUGCCAGUUCGAUUUGUCUUUUUCUUUUUAAACCUUUUUCUUUUCUUUUCUUUUUUUUUUUUUUUGAGACAGAAUUUCCUCUUGUUGCCCAGGCUGGAGUGCAAUGGUGCGAUCUUGGCUCACUGCAACCUCCACCUCCUGGUUCAAGUGAUUCUCCUGCCUCAGCCUCCCGAGUAGCUGGGAUUACAGGCAUCUGCUACCACACCCAGCUAACUUUUGUAUUUUUAGUGGAGACGGGGUUUCACCAUGGUGGCCAGGCUGGUCUCGAACUCCUGACCUCAGGUGAUCCACCUGCCUCAGCCUCCCAAAGUGCUGGGAUUACAGGCAUGAGCCACCACACCUGGCCUAAACCUCUUCUUUCUUAAUGGUACUGGUGGGAAUAAGCUAAUUUAUGUGUCAAUGCUGAAGGGUUUCCCGUAUCCCAGGAGUCCUGGGAUGAAGGUAUGAGGAAGAAUCCCUAUCUCUUUUUUCCCCUCAGUUAAAGGAGGUUCUAUCUCAGCUUCUCCCCUAACUCUAUCCAAAAGAAAGGCUUUGCAAAGCGGGUAGAACCUAAAAAGGAGAAAGGAUGUGGGUAUGCUGUCUGUAGGAUUGUCAGGAAGGGUUUUAUACACUGAAUAUUAGAUGUCAUGUUGCAAAUACACCACCUAAAACGUCUUUUAGAACUGAAUUAUAUUUGCCCCAACUCCCCUAAAAGAGUUUAAUCUUAUAACUUUGUAAAAAUCCUUGCCUAGGACUUUUAAGUCUCCCUUCCUUAAAGAGGGAAAGUGGGGCAUAGACAAUGACUUUUAUUGUUACCUAGUUAUCUCAGAAAGAGGUUAAGGAGAUUUUCCCUACUGGAAGCCCCACUCUUGGAAAGGAUACAGUUUUCAUCACCCUCAGGGUUUCGGGGUGGCCCUGGCAUAUUCAAUAAAACCAGCUUUGCUUCAUGGGACUUGUUAACUAUAACCUCGUUGAGUUUCACUGCUGUAUGCAUCCGCCUCACAUUGGACUGGUCCCUGAGUGGGGAAGAAAUAAAGGUUGUUAAGGUAAAAAGACAACUAGCCAUAUAGUCAACGUUAAAAACUUGAGAUCCUGAGCUUUUUCACUUGACUAUGGAUAAUCUGAUAAAAUGAUUUUUUUUUUUUUUUUUUGAGAGGGAGUUUCGCUCAUGUCACCCAGGCUGGAGUGCAAUGGUACAAUCUCAGCUCACAGCAACCUCCGCCUCCCAGGUUCAAGUGAUUCUCCUGCCUCAGCCUCCCGAGUAGCUGGGAUUACAGGCCCCCACCACCAUACCUGGCUAAUUUUUUUUGUAUUUUUAGUAAAAACAGGGUUUCACCAUGUUGGGCAGGCUGGUCUCGAACUCCUGACCUCAGGUGAUCCACCCGCCUCUGCCUCCCAAAGUGCUGGGAUUACAGGCGUGAGCCACUGUGCCCAGGCUAAAAUGGUUUCUUUAUGAUAUUAAUAUCUGGGUUUUCUCAUUCUCUGUUGGCUUAUUUUAUAGUAAGAACACAGUAUGGAGGUGAACUAUGUGGAUAGAGGGGAUGGUUAGCUUGUGUACAGUGUUCAUUGGGAGCCAGUAUGAACAGGCAAACAAUAAUGAGGUGGCUAGAUUCAGGGUGAAAUGAACAGACUCCAUCCUGUGUGUCCAGGCAAAGUCACAUUUGUGCCACUGAUUAGGUAAUUUUAUGAUAAACUUGGGAGUGGGAAAACUUACGGACGCAUGUUAAGCAGGUCCUGGAAUCCUUCCAUUGACUUCGCUUUUUGUCCCCGGGAUGCCAUGUACUUGUCUUUUGUCCAAGUCAUGUGCACCUUCUCCUGAUAGGUUUCUGUCUCUUCGUCCUCAUCAGAGCCAAUGCUGGUCAAUCGUAGCAUUGAGUUUCGGUCUUUCACCAAUUGUGCCUGAGGAAGAAGGUCCAACACAAGUUAUUCUACCAAAUUUUCUCUUAUGCUUCAUCUUUGGUUAUUUUGAAGCAAUAAUGGGUUAUAGUGGAAUAACUGACAGAGUGAGAAGGAAUUUGUCAUCCUUGAAAACAAUAUAGUAUCAUCCCUUUUUUUUUUGGUUUGAGACAGAGUCUUCCUCUGUCAUGCAGGCUGGAGUGCAGUGGCGUGAUCUUGGCUCACUGCAACCUCCGCCUCCUGGGUUUAAGCAAUUCUCUGCCUCAGCCUCCUGAGUAGCUGGGAUUACAGGCAUGUGCCACCACGCCCGGCUAAUCUUCGUACUUUAGUAGAGAUGGGGUUUCACCAUCUUGGCCAGGCUGGUCUUGAACUCCUGACCUCUUGAUCCACCCGCCUCGGCCUCCAAAAGUGCUGGGAUUACAGGCGUGAGCCACCAUGCCCAGCCCAGUAUCAUCCCUUUCAGUGACAGACUUUAGAGAGCACGGAUUGGAUUGAUGCAGUAAUGUCUCACCUCUCUGUCUCGCUCUGUUUUGGAUAGCCGCAUGUGCCGGAGCAUCUGGGACCUUUGUUCCAUCAUCAAAGUGCGCUCGUAAGUAUAUGCUGAUAUAUCACUGUCAUGCUGCCAUAGACAUCACAUAAAAGGGGCAAAAAGCACAAAGGAGAAAGAAGGAUGAACCAUACAUUUUUAUUUCCAGUCACUAAAUUAAACCAGGGACAGCAUCACUAUAUUAACCUAAGCUUCACCCCUACUUUGUUUAGUCAUUGAGCUACAUAAAUGUUUUUGUGACUGUAGAUAAAAUUCAGAGGCCCUGAGAGUCUUUUCCAUAAUCUAACCAAGACAAGUGUUGCCUUGAAACACAAAAUACAAACUCCAGUCUCUCUUUUUUAUAGUUAGGUUUUUUUUAAAAGCCAUGUGUGAUUUUAAGCUGAAUAUAUGAAUAAAAAUUUCAUAAAACUAUAUUAAGCAGAUGAGAAUCUGGCAGAAAUAUAAGGGCUGUGUAAUAAACAAGAAAGCAAAACCAAAAAAUAACAUCAAACAUGCAUCACAUAUACAUUCUACUUAGGGCAACAAAUUAGGGUUUUUUUUGGCACUAGGGGAUUAAUCCACAUUUAUAUCUGAAAAAUUUCCCAAACCAGAAAAGAUUCAAGGAAGACAGGGAGAGGAAUGGGGGAAUGAACCUCUUGUAUCUCAAACUCAGCUUUCUCACCAUCUCCACCACUUCUACCUCCGCCUCAAUGCGUAAGUGAUAUAGGAAGGUGGCUAGGUCCUUCUUCAUUUGGAUACUGUUGUCUUCUAAUUGGGCUACUGUGAAGAUCCGUAUGCUGCACUUUCGCCACACCUGAGAGAGUGACAUACACAUGUGGAAAAUUAGAGCAAGGAGGCAAAAAAGGUUAUUUCCUAAGACAUUAGACAUUGUGGUCUAGAAGAACCUUGCUAUAUGUAGCAUAAGGCUAUUUGUUCCUAGCUUCCUACUUGCUAUGUUAUUGUAUUAGGGCAAAAGAUUGACUAAACAGCACAUUUAAUACAGUUUUAAGGAGUCCUUAAUUUCAUAACAAGAAAACACUGGCAAAAGAAAAGAUGGUUCACGAUACGUUAAGAGGGUACUUUAUUCAGACAGUGUAUCAAUGACAACAUGCAGACUAUAUAUUUACUAUUUUAAAUCUCAUUUAAUUAGUCUUACCACGGAAUGAGCGCAUAUAUGUGUGCAAUACACACAUAUACAUAUACCUUAAGUUUUCAGUAUUUUUUAAAAAAAGAUGUGUUCACUUGUUGUUUUCCCCUAGGGCUCAUAUGGAACUUUAUUAAUUGGCUGAAUUUCACUUGGAGAUAAGUAGGUAUCAAAUACAAAGACAAUGAUUUCUCUUGUUUGAAAGUGGGAUCAUGGGAAAGCCUAGAAUAACUUCCAACUCUUCUGAUUCUAAACCCCAACACUAUUAUAAUCAGAGGAAGAAUUUGUCUGUCCUGUGAACCAGGACAGAAGGGAGAAAGACUUUUGUAAAAAAAAGUUGUCUAAAAUACCUUGUGCUGUUUCAGUAGGAAUGGUAGUAGCAUAAGCAUCCCCCCAUCAUGCACAAUCCACCACACAUCAAUGUUGCCCUCAGAAAAUUGCUCCACAUUGCUGGGAAAGAAGGAGAUGUUUUUAGCCACCAGCAGUGCAAGAUGGGCAGCAGUUGUCACUCGAACUGUGCC